AUGGCCAACGCAGAGCAGAUCGCCGCUCAACUACUGAGCACCAAAUCCCUCUGUGUCUCGUCCGCGUGGCUCAACGCGUUCCUGGCCUCAUCGCAACGGAACGUCCCUGCCUCCGCACUCACCAAAACAGCUCUUUUUCGCGUUCUCGCCUCGGACAUUCGCGAGUCUCUAGCAACAAACCCCACUUCCCUCUUCCCAGACGAUAUCUCCGAUCCUGCUGUACAAGAAAGACGUAUUCCUGGCCCAAUCCCCGUCCAAGUCCUCGACAUCGAAGACAUCGGCACGAGUCUCUGGAGCCAGGUCGAAGCAAUUGAGCGCAUCGAGCGCGGCGAAGCUAUACGAGGCCGGGAAAUUGUACGCACAGUGAACGUUGGUGAUGACAAUGAAGGAACAGACAAUGGCAGCUCGAAUAAUUCCGGCCCCGCUGGAGCUCCUAGUGCAUCUGGAAGCAGUGGAUCUGGACCACACAGGUUGAUUCUACAGGAUGCCAAAGGCACAAAGGCGGUUGCGAUUGAGAUGCAGCGUAUUGAGGGUAUCUCGCUAGAGAAGCUGCCUAUCGGUGCGAAAAUUCUCUUGCGCAAUGCGACUGUGGCUCGUGGUAUGGUGCUAUUGAAUCCUACUUGUUCUACGUUGCUCGGCGGGAAGAUUGAGGUUUUGGAUAAGCCUUGGAAGGAGGGAAGAAAGGCCAGGCUUUUACAGAGGAUUGAUUCUAUGGGGGCUGGGGCGAAUCAGACUGAUUGA